AUGUGGAGGGGGUGCUGCAACUUCUGCACCAGAUACAGCACCGGCUUUCCGACCUCGGGCCAGUCGGCCGGUUCGCCUGGCAACAGUGGUGCGGCUGUUUCGCCCCCUUUGUCGGCUGCCUGGCGGAGGCGAGGCAACCGGGUGGUGGGCUCGCCAAAGUCGCAGAACUCUGGGCGGAAAGGUGCUUCUAGCCGAUUUCGCGAGACAGAGAAGAUUGCCUCCUCAAACAGGGUUGUUGUCACAGAGCCACUGGCCGACGAGAUUUAUGCCCUUUUAACCAGAGACCAUGACGGCCUAGACGACCUGUUGCCGCCGUAUGGUCUGCAGCCCGAUUCGGGCAAUUCAUCCGGCCCCGGUGUAGCCCCGCUCGAGGCUACGCUACUGUCACCGACUGGCCUCCACAAGCCGCGUAGUGACUCCGUGCCAAAUGGUGUAUACCCGGCGCCGGGACCAGCUUUUCUGGUCGCUUCGCAACAGCCGGUCGUUUCGUUACCCACCCCUCGGCACACUCGUCGUGUCAGCGAUGUCAGCAGUGCUGCCACAGACUCGUUGACUGCACUCACGCUAACUCCGGCCGAUCUAACGCCAUCUUUGCGAAGACGCAACUUUGAAAUAGACCCAGAAGUCGGUCGUCGGCCGACCCUAGUGAUUGAGACGACAGCUCGUCUGGCCGAGGCCGAGAUUAUGGGUUUCGAUGAGUCGGAGAGAAGCGAAAGCCUGGCCCCGACCAGUGGAAGUCUUAACUCGAGCGAAACUAGUUGCGGCAGUCCUGCACCCAGUCCUCUGAAAGAGAUCUCUAGAACCCUUCAACUGACUCAGCACCACGACCAAGUUGCACUCGCAGGUGUUGGCGACAAAGGCGCCGGCAGUGAAGAGGAUAAAGACGCUGGCAAACCGACCUGUUCAGUUAAGCCUGAAACGCAGAAACCCAUCUCUGUCACCGGAAUGUCUUCCCUCUUCAGCAGCCGAGUUGGCCGGUUUCCAUGGGGUCUCUCCAAACCCGUGACCGCCAGCAUCAAUUCAGAGGCGACAAAUGAGACUGCGGCUCUUGAACGGGGCCUUCAGAAGUCCGGCCUUUCCGCAUCGCCCGACCCUCUUGAGGCUCCCGGCGACGAUGAGGCACAGGCUGGUUGUGAAAGUCUGUCGAGCGGUUUGAUUGGGCGGUCAAAGAAGAAGCAGAGACUCAAGAAGGGCUCCAGUUUGAUCAAACUGAAAGGAGCCGGCUCAUUCAGGAGGGCUGUUGCAGUUGCAUCCAGUUCGGUCUCUUCAAUGGCGCCGGUUGGAAUUCAGAAGAAGGCCCCUCCUUCGUCUGUCACGGCCGAGUCGACCUCGACACCGACGUCGGCGACCCCCGGACGAGACCCGUUGUCACUCAGUCCCACUGUAACCAUGGCAUCGGCCAGCACAAGCCUAGUCCAUUCGGGCCCGAGUCAGGCGUCGCGAGACAGCGGCCCUAACGAGGAGACGAGCGAUGCGGAAGAAGACAAUGGCGACCAGCUGUCCAGCCUGCCGGGACAGCCCGGCUCUCGGCUUCACCACCUACUCGGUCCCAAACUCGCUCUUCUGCCAGGCGUCCGCCCAUGCGACGUAGCCAGGGCCGCCGGUCACACGCCCGUAGACUCGAGCAAAGAGUCUACGAGACCGGUAAUUAACCCCUAUCGUGCCAGGUCUGGCAGUCUGCAAGUCACUAGCUUUUUCGACUUGAAUGACAUACAAUCGCCAGGGUUGGAUAAUGAGUUUCGAACCAUGGGUGGGUUGAGUGCCUGUAGUCCCUCAGCCUCUCUCAGGAAGACAAAUAUGGAGGGUGUGGGUGCUUCCGGCAAACAUACUGGCUUACGUCGUGGUUCCCUUUACAUUUUCAGAAAUAGUGAUGAACCCAUUGUCACCCCGUUCGCCCAGGUUCUGGCAAGUCUACGGAAGGUGCGAGCCAACUUCAUCUUUUUGACAAAUGUUCAUAGCUCCAAAGAGUAA